UAUAGUGAAUGCAGGGUCCGGGAGACCAGAUAUAGUGAAUGCAGGGUUCGGGGAGACCAGAUAUAGUGGAUGCAGGGUCCGGGGAGACCAGAUAUAGUGAAUGCAGGGUCCAGGGAGACCAGAUAUAGUGAAUGCAGGGUCCGGGGAGACCAGAUAUAGUGAAUGCAGGGUCCGGGAGACCAGAUAUAGUGAAUGCAGGGUCCGGGGAGACCAGGAUAUAGUGAAUGCAGGGUCCGGGGAGACCAGAUAUAGUGGAUGCAGGGUCCGGGGAGACCAGGAUAUAGUGAAUGCAGGGUCCAGGGAGACCAGAUAUAGUGAAUGCAGGGGUCCGGGGAGACCAGAUAUAGUGAAUGCAGGGUCCGGGGAGACCGGAUAUAGUGAA